AACGCGGUGUGACGUCACUGAGAAGCGCCGAACUCUAGUUUCCAAAGUUUUUAUGAGGAGCUAUGGAUAGCUGAUGGACAAAAGUGAUUUUCUGUCACAUUAGCCCCCUAGAUAACAGAUGGAUGACAUCAAUGUCCUGCACCACAGAUGCCUCCUGAAUCUGAGGCGUCGAAUCAGAGAUAUUGGGGAUGGGCGCCCAGCACAGGAACGGUACAUGAGGUUACAGAAGGAUGGAGACACACUCAGUUACCAAGGGAACUCUGAAGAGGUGGGUUGCUAUGUGGCUGGCCAUCCUUUAUCAAAGGGAAAUUGCUACUUUGAGGUGACAAUAGUGGACACAGGGGUGAGGGGGACCAUUGCUGUGGGCCUGGUGCCUAAAUUCUACAGGCUGGACCACCAGCCUGGCUGGCUGCCAUACUCUGUAGCUUACCACGCUGACAACGGCAAGUUAUAUAAUGGCAACCCUGUGGGUCAGCAGUUUGGGCCAAAGUGUGCUCGUGGUGACCGCAUUGGCUGUGGAAUACACUCAGAAAAUAUUGAUGCAGGCUUUACUACAGUCUUUUUCACCAAAAAUGGCAAAGAGGUCGGUUCAGUGGAGGUUCCCGUGUCGGCAGAGGGGCUGUUCCCUGCCGUAGGGAUGCACUCCAUGGGGGAGGAGGUGAAGGUUGACCUGCAGGCGGAGUGGUUCCUGGAGGAAGACGAUAGUAUGAUGAUGGUGGACAGCCACGAGGAUGACUGGGGGCGGCUUUACGACGUCAGGGUUAGUGGCACGCUCUUGGAGUAUGUUGGCAAAGGAAAGAGCAUCAUGGACGUGGGUUUGGCCCAGGCCCGCCAGCCACUCACCACCCGCUGCCACUACUAUGAGGUGGAGAUCGUUGAUGCUGGGGAGAAGUGCUACAUCGCCCUGGGCCUGGCAAGAAGGGACUACCCCAAGAACAGGCACCCGGGAUGGAGCCGAGGGUCGGUGGCGUACCAUGCUGAUGACGGCAAGAUCUUCCACGGCAGCGGGGUCGGAGACGCUUUCGGUCCUCGCUGCUUCAAAGGUGACAUCAUGGGCUGCGGCAUCAUGUUUCCACGAGACUACAUCCUGGACGGAGAAGGUGACGUGGACGACUGGGAACGGCUGGAGGUCCGUCCAGGUCACGCAGGCGUCCAGAAUGUCCUGUACCUCAACGACGAAGAGGAGGAAGAGGAAGAUGGGGAGGAGGUAGAGCAGGGGCAGGAGGGCAGGAAGGUCACGGUGUUCUUCACGAGGAACGGGAAGCUGAUGGGUCGAAGGGAGAUGGGGGUUCCUCCUGGCGGACUCUACCCAACUGUGGGGAUGCUGAGCAGCGGAGAGAAGGUCAAGGUUGAUUUGCAUCCCCUCAGUGGAUGAGCGGAGCGCGUGGACCGGACUCGUGACGCCCUGCAAACAGCUGGCUGCGCUGUAGAGCUCACCCACCGUAGCCUAGCAUGCUGCUAACACUUGUCAGAACACACUCAGUUGCACACAUGCACGUCGCUGUCGUCGCCCUCGACGCUGCCUCUGCUUUUAUUUAUAAGACCUGUACAUUUUCACAGUCAUCACAGCAACACAACCGGAUCGUCCUCCUGGGCGUGACGUAGCAGAGAGGUCGUACAUGAGCCGCGUAGGUUACAGCAUGCGGACCAGACAGCUGCACCUCGAAGCUAAAAACUCCCGGAAGAUAUUUAACUGUUAAUUCUAUGCAAUCUGUACUGCUAUCAUCCUCACAUCUAACCGCCCUCUGCAUGCAGUGUGUGUCUCAAACACUGAGCUGUUAAAUCCCUCUCAUGAGGUCUGGCACACUUUGUUUAUUUUAUUUGUCACGACCCCAAGCAAAGCAGAGCGAGGCCAACAGUUGUGCCGAGUCAGAGCUCGUUGGCGGUUUAUGUUUCAGGGAAUAGACCCCCUCUCUCUCUCUUUCUCUUUCUCUCUCUCGCUCUCUCUCUCUCUCUCUUUCUCAACUUCCCUCUCCCUGUCCUCUCUCUGGGUGAGGCUGCCCUCCUGUGAGCGAUCAGGGACCUGCUGUUGCCCCACCUCCCUCGCUCGCUGCUCUCCCGGAGCUGGCUGGAAGUGAAGCAUAGAUCUGUUGCAAUAUCUCAGAAACGCUCAUUUUGUAUGAGAUUAUUGUAAAGGAUUAUUACAGGUUUGGCAAUCACAACCUCACGUAAGAUGCUGUAACCGAGCAGCGUCGGAUCAGAGUGGCUGAAAAGAUUUGUGAGUGUUUUCAUAGUUUCACGUAUGAGCCAAACCACAGGUAUAUUUUCUAUAAGUGCUCUGGUAAAUACACAUUUAAAUUUAUCUCCUACGUCAAAAGUUCAGGGAACAUGUUUCUGUUUUUGCACUUUGGGGAGGCUGAGGAGACUUUUAGGGCAGACAUGAAUACAAUGGGUGAACAAAAGAAAUCAAAAACAUUCCAGUGUAAUGCAGUCCGAUGCAACUGCACAAUCGUCAGCCAUAAAAGUAACCAUCUGAAAUGAAAAGUUACCUUUGCAAACCUCACACAGGAGUACGAGUCGCAGGGCUGUGGUAUUGGACUGCAUCAUACUGCGAUGUGUUAUACUGUGUUUUAAUGUUUUGUUCUCCUUGUAUAAGCUUUACACACUGUGCAUGUUCGCUCUCAAUAUGAAGAAUUAUUUCCCAUCUUUCCUUUUUCCCACUUUUUUUUUUACCACAAAGUUAGAAUAAUGUGAUAUUUUUUCAGUUUAGUUUAAAAGAACGAAACGAUCCGCUGAAAUCAACUUCUUGCUUUCGUAGUCAGAGGAUAACCUUCUCUCCGUGAUACCAAAUGUGAUGUAGAAUUAACUGCUGGAUGUUUUAUUGUUGUGUUUUUUAAGAUAACGAUAAUAAUGUUUGGUUGCUGCUUGUUUGCGUUUGUGUGUCUGCACAGAAUUCGACAGCAGCACCAGAGGUCUGUAUCACAAAGACAGAUUAGUGUCGUCAUCUAAAUUUGGGCGUGACUUAAAUCAGAAAGCUGGCUCACUUUUAACUUGGUUUGAUUGCUAUCGUUACCAGUGUUGAUUAUGACAAGAAUUUUAGGUUUAGUCUUCAUCACUUAAUCCAUGUUUUAGUUGUUUUAUUUUAGUCAAGAUUUAGUCAGUGGAAAUUUUAAUAAUUUGAUAAAUGUAGUCAGUGUUUAAAUCAUAAUUUUCUAAGACAAUCUGAUGAUACUGUCAUGGAGUUUGCUUUUAAAACUUCCAAUGAGAAGUAAGCAGACUUUGAACUAUGUUUUGUUAUCUUGGCUGAGAAAUUAUGGCUGCACCGAAUAGUUCAAAGCUUCAUUAAUGACAUUCAAAUUCUAAAUCAACAAUCGAAAGCUGCCUAGCUGUGUACUCUUAUAUACUGUAAAUAUAGUCUGUGUUUACCAUUCUUUAUUUCAGCCCUGUUUUUGACUGACAGUACUUUCCCUCUCUGCUGUACCUUCUUUACUUUAAACUCCUUUGAAACGGUUUCUCUUAUUCAUAAUUGUUUUGUCAUUAUGAGACAAAAAGGCACUAAAAUGUCACUUUAGGAAAUAAAUAUACUUGCUUCAGGCUAAACAAAAAAUAUUGUUGAAAAUGGCGACCGUAUUUUGAAAUCCUAAAUGAGAAUUUGUGGUGUAAAACAAUUAAUUAACAGUUUUAGUCAUUCUUCCAAGCAAAAAUAUUGUGAAAAAGUAUUCGCAUCUUAACAGCAUAGUAAUAAACUGAAUUUCUUUGGGUUUAGGACUUGUGGUUGAACAAAACUUGAAGAUUUCACCCCGGCCUCCGUGGAAGUUAUGAUGGUUCUUAACUCUUUUUUAUGUUGAUAAUCUAAAGGGAUUAAUUAUUUUUGUUGUUGAAAAAAAGGCAGAUUAAUUGAUAAUAACAAAAUAAUUGUGAGUUGCAUCCUUUGAAAAUUGCCACAUGUAUUUAUAACAUUAACGUCACUUUAUUGCUCAUGUUUUCACAGCUUUUCAAGUUGUGUGAUUACACGUGUGUAUUUCAUGAUUAUAUUUUGCUGCUGCAGCGACCUCAUCUACCUGCAGAUUAUUAUUGUUUCCACUCUCAUCAUAUUAAGAAUUUCCUCUAACGGUUUUUAUGAUUUUGCUUAAAGAGUACUCCACUGAUUUUGCUUUGCAUUCCUAGAAAUAUUGUCAGGCUCUUGAUUGAUGUUUUUGUGGAUAACAUGCAGCAAAGAACCCAGACCUGAAAACCUGCCGCCUACAUUACCCACAGUGCAACUGCAGAGAGUUACUGUGGAGAUGCAGGUGUGUUAUGCUAGAAGCUUGUGUAGCCUGGAGCUGCUAGCAUCAGGCAGAGAUGAGGAGCGGGCUACACAGGUCUGGUAAGCUCCCUUCUUUCUAACUCCACCCCUCUGGAUUUUUUCAAUUUAAUCUUGUACCUUUGACCAAACCAGCUGUUAGCAAAGGAGUCUUGACAACUGUCUUCAUAUGUUAAUACUCUUAAAUACCUGUACUUUGAUGUGUAAAUACGGUUAAACAAACUCACUCCAGGCUGGAUUAGUAAACACCGGUUAUCCAGGAUCACCCGUGUGAGGCUCAGUUAAACCAGAUAACCUGAACAGACUAAGUUAAACUUGCUUUGUGAUACAGACCUCAGAGUUAAACCAAUCUGUGCAGGUGAUUAGAAAUACUGUCGAGUUUGAGUGGGAGCUGGUUUCCACAUAAAUUAUUUAGAACGAAGGGAAUGACAUCAUUAUUAAUUAGCUGAAAUCAUCCAGUCCCUCUUCAUCUCCCCACAUCUGUGUUUGUCCAUGACAUCAUCCCUACAACAUAAACUAUAAUGUACAUUCCUCUGCACCUUCCCGUAAGGUGCUCUCAGCAGGUCUCUGUAGUUUCAUCAUUCACACUGCAGACAGUGAUGCUAGAAAUAUAACGUGAUGUAAAAUUACUACACAGGGUUAACUAUUAAAUCACAUAUCUGCUGGAGAUUGUAUGUUUGUGUUUAGCUGUUGUCAUGCAUUUUGUUUUAGAGCCACUGAUGAUGUAAAAAUAUGUAAAUGAGUCGUGUGUUUUUCUUCUUCUCCUGCAGGGCUGGACAGAGACUUAAGAUCAGGUUUUUACAGCCUGAACUGUUAUUAUGCUAGACGGUGCAAAGAUAUUAACGAGACACUGAUGUGGACUUUUUGGGCCACGUCUUAAGUUCAGGGUAUUAAAGUCACUUAAGUUAAAGUUUACUCAGAAUCUCAGUUUACAAAAUGUGUCACGGUUCAACCAAAUUAGAGCUAAAUCUGGUUUUAAAGUUUUGUAGCGUCUCUGAUUUUACUCACCAAGGACUCCUGUAAUAAUCCCUCGCCUUGUUGACUUGCACUAUAAUGGCCUUGUUCCGUACAUGUAUGAUCAUCAAUAAAGGUUUCAGUAAUGUAACAAA